AUGUUCGCCUCUCUCUUGUUUUUAUUACCUUUGAUAUCUGCUCGAUCGAAUUAUGGGACUAUCUCUACACGAUCUAUAGUCUCUCCCGAAUUAGUCGAUUUGAGAGGUGGGGAAAUUGGAUUUACACCAAUACAAAAUAGUAAUUCAUCUUUGAUACCACCGAAUAGACCUAGACCACCAAAUUGUCCACCAUGUUUCAACUGUCUACUUCCAGCAUUCAACUGUGGUAAUGCAGGUGAAUGUAACCCAUACGACGGUCAAUGUAGAUGUGAACCUGGAUUCGGUGGUCAAGAUUGUUUGACUCCAUUGUGCGGAGCAUUGAGUGACGGUGAUGAGAGAUAUCCAAGACCUGAAGGUGAAUUGUGUGAUUGUAAAGAAGGUUGGGGAGGUAUAAAUUGCAAUGUCUGCAAGGAUGAUCGAGCAUGUGCAGCUUUUCAUCCUCGUAUACCAAAUGACGGUAACGGUAACGGUAACGGAUCAGAUAAUCAAGAUGAUGAGGGAGAUGAUAUGGUUUGUUACAAAGGUGGUUUGGCAGUCGAAAGGAAUUUCCAGAUGUGUGAUGUUACGAAUCGAAAGAUUAUAGAUACAAUACCAGAUAAUAAACCACCUCAAGUAACAUUCUCAUGUACGAAGAAUGGACCUUCAUCCGGCUCCGGCUCAGGAUCAGGAUCAGGAAACAUGUCUUCAACUACCUUUUCUCGGAAUCAAUGGAACCAAAAUACCUUAUUCGUCGAAGAAGAAGGAGAUGACGAUAAUUUAGGUCAAUGUAAUUUCCAAUUUUGGGUAGAUAGGAUCGAAUCUUUUCAUUGUGAAUUAUCGAAAUGUUCAUGGCAAUCAAAAGAUUCUUUCAAUCAAAAUCAAACGAAUUAUAAUUGUAAAGAGAUCGAAUGUUCUUGUAUACCUGGAAGGUUCUUAUGUGGUGAAGAUGGUAGCGUCAAUAUUGAUGAUUUCUUAGCUGAAGAAGUGAAAGGACCGGGAUCUUUCAACUGUAUAUCAGGAAAAGGAUGCUCAUUCGAAGAACCAGCAAUGAAUCAAUUAAUAAAUGAUAUAUUCGGUGAUAGAUCAAUCACAUUAGAUUGUGAAUCAGGUGAAUGUUUACAUUAUACUCAAGUUCCCGGAUACACCAAACCAAAACCACAAGAUAAUAGUAUUUGGGUUGCUUUAAGUGCCGCUCUAGCUGCUCUAGUAUUCCUUUUAGCUUGUUUACUACUGUGGUAUUUGGGCAGGACUCAUCGGCAUCCAGAAGGGUUUGGAGGUGUCAAAUUACCCGAAGAUGAAGCUGCCAAACUCAUGACCGAUCACGUCCCCGCAACAUUACAUUUCAGCAAUAUCUCCUAUGACUUACCUUCAAGUAAAAGAGUCUUAUCACACGUUACCGGUACUGUCCGACCUGGCGAACUAUUGGCUAUAAUGGGUGCAUCAGGAGCUGGUAAAUCAACAUUACUUGAUAUCCUCGCAAGAAAAGCUAAAUCAGGCAAAGUAUCCGGAGAGAUGUAUGUCAACGGACGAACCAUUCCGGAUGAAAACAAUUUCAGAAGAGUGACAGGAUUUGUCGAUCAAGAAGAUACAUUGUUGAGUACAUUAACAGUAUAUGAAGCUGUAUUGUAUUCUGCUUUAUUAAGAUUACCUAGAGAUAUGAGUCAUCAAGCGAAAGUAUUCAGAACUCUUGAAACUAUGAAUGAAUUAGGUAUCUUGGGUAUAAAAGAUUCAAGGAUUGGUGAAUCAGGUAAAAGAUCUAUAUCAGGUGGUGAAAAGAGAAGGGUUUCAAUAGCUUGUGAAUUAGUUACUGGACCUUCAAUCCUAUUCCUUGAUGAACCCACUUCUGGUCUCGAUUCAUAUAACGCUUAUAAUGUAAUAUCAUCCCUGUCAACACUCGCCAAACAAUAUAAUCGAACUGUGAUAUUCACAAUCCAUCAACCUCAAUCUAACAUUGUAGCAUUAUUCGAUCGAUUGUUACUACUUGCCAAAGGUCAACUAGUUUACUCAGGCGAAUCUGAAAGAGCACAACAUCAUUUCGAGAAAAUAGGAUACGAAUGUCCAAAGGGAUAUAACAUUGCAGAUUACCUUAUUGACGUAACAGUCGAAGCUUCAGGUGAUCAUAGGAUCGAAAAUGGUAAAGCCAAGUUGAAUGGAAACAUCAAUGGAAAUGGUUUACCACCAAACGGGGAGAGAGAUAUCGAAACUGGAUUUGCAACGAAUUCGACUCCGACUACAACUCGAACUAAUCAAGACGAACAAAACGGUGAUGGUGAAGGAAUGAUCAGUGGUAUCAAAUCCAAAGCAUCGAGAUUAUUGGGUGCAUUUACUUCCACUCUAUCAAAUACAACUUCGAGCAUCUCAGGAACUGGAGCCGCUUCUCCAUCAGCAUCGGGAGAAAGAGAAAACAUUGAUCCCAUACCUGAGAAAUUAGCUUCAUUGGUUUUGGCUGCAAGAGCAAGUGAUGAUGCCAAAAUUGUUGAAGCUGAGAUAUCUAGAAUUCAAUCUGGACAAUCACCUGAUGGUGGUCUCGGUGUCGACAAUGAAAAUAGAAAUGUAGAAGAAGAAACAGGAUUACUGAAAGGAUUUGAUAAAGCGACUUAUUGGACUCAAUUCAGAUUACUAAGUGGUAGAGCUUUCAAAAAUCUUUACAGGAAUCCACUCCUCAUGGCUACUCAUUACAUCGUAGCUAUUGUAGUAGCAUUCGUAUGCGGCUUCUUCUUUUACCAUGUCACCAAUGAUAUCCCAGGUUUUCAAAAUCGUCUUGGUCUUUUCUUGUUCAUCCUGUCAUUGUUCGGUUUCUCAUGUUUGAGUUCAUUGGGUAUAUUCGCCAACGAGAGGAUGUUAUUCAUGCGUGAAAGAGCAAAUGGAUAUUACGCUCCCAUAACUUAUUUCCUAUCCAAAAUUCUCUUUGACAUCAUCCCACUUCGAGUCAUCCCUCCUUUCAUCUUAGGAUCGAUCGUAUAUGGUUUAGCGGGUUUGAAUCCUGAAGUAUCAGCUUUCUGGAAAUUCAUAAUGACUUUGGUACUUUUCAACCUUACCGCGUCGAGUAUUGUCCUUUUCUUAAGUGUCGCAGUAUCAGAUCUUGGGGUAGCGAACUUAUUAGGAAGUUUAGUCAUGUUAUACAAUCUCCUCUUCGCUGGUCUAUUGAUGAAUUAUGAUCGAGUUCCAGAUGGCCUUAAAUGGAUGCAAACACUUUCAUUCUUCCAUGCGGGAUAUGAAGCAUUACUGGUUAAUGAAUUAAGGUAUCUUCAAUUGGUAGAAAGGAAAUUCGGAUUAGAUAUUCAAGUACCCAGUGCUACGAUCUUAUCAUCAUUCGGUUUUCACGCUCAAGCAUUUUGGUGGCCUGAUAUCUCACUUUUAGGUAUUGUGUUUGGAGUAUUCACCAUUGCGAGUUAUCUAGUAUUGCAAUUCUUCGUCAAGGAGAGAAGGUGA